AUGAUGGCCGUGCUGAGAGUUGGCCUGAGUCUGUUCCUCGAUGCUCCACGUGUACUCCAUGAGAUCGGGGUGGAGCGGAUCCUGCCUAUUACAUCUGACGGAGGAUCGAUGAGCGGCGAACUCGAAGAACGGUCGGCUGUGGAUACCCUCGUUAUUCGUUGUCUACUGUAUCGGCCCGUUCGAUGGGGCGGGGGUGGGGUUGUCCUGCCGACCAAUCAGGGAGCGGGCUUAGACCAAAAUGGCGGCGGCCCUCACAGAACGGCCAUCCCCAAGAAUGGACCCUCGCGAUUCCCCUUUUAG